GCUUCGGCUUAGUCACGCCUCUUUGGACCCUCAUUCAGAGAGUGAGACAGAGACUAGUAAACGCCAGGCAUCUACUUUCUGUUGAGGUUGCUUUUGUUUGUUUUUUUACCGACUCAUUUCUUUGGCUCGUGCACAUUUGCUAACGUAUCCUUUGAGUGUCCCACCAUCAGCAUGUCCUCAGACGCAUCUUCUCCUGUGAAGUCCACAACCCCUCCCCUGUCCCCGCUGUCCCCAGUCUCUCCAGUUUCCCCCAACUCUCUGCGUCUGCCUGCCUGCCGCCACAGAGACCGCUCACCCUCCCCCAUGAGGGGCUACCUGAUUCCCAGCCCCCUGCCCACCCGCCGCAACCGCACCUGCUCAGCUGCAGCGCGUGCAGCUGAGGGGCCGGUUUUCACUGGGGUCUGCAAGUGCUUUUCACGUUCCAAAGGGCACGGUUUCAUCAGGCCAUCAGACGGAGGCAAUGACAUCUAUGUGCACAUAUCUGACAUCGAGGGUGAAUACGUGCCGGUGGAAGGAGAUGAAGUUAGCUACAAGAUCUGCUCUAUUCCACCCAAAAAUGAGAAGAUCCAGGCCGUGGAGGUGACCAUUACUCAUUUAGUGCCAGGCACGAAGCAUGAGACCUGGUCUGGAAGGGUGCUUGAAUCAUGAGAUGCUCUCUAACGCUGAACUGUGUGAUAGUGAUGUCAAAAUGGGUUUCUGUUCCUUUUCUGGUGGUCUGGGGGGGUGGGAAAGGGUCUUGACUGAAUGAAUGCCUUUAAGUGCUAUGUGGCAUGAUGCCACAAUUCCAAGAUAAAAAUAUAUAUAUAUAAAAAAACAAGUAUUUCCCCCCCCCUUCUUUCUUUGGUCUCAGGAAGGGAGUAUGUCUUCAAUUCUCUAUUAUUGGGUUUGUGGUUAAUAAUGUGGAAUGAACAACAGUUAUACUAACCCUAACCAUCUUUGUUUGAUUUGAAUGCUCUUAAGAACUGACUGCACUCUCCUAUUAAGCCUUAAUGCAUAUCUAAAUCGCUAACAUUUGUGGAUUUUAUUCUUCACUGAAAAAAAUGUCUCCGUGUCUACAUUGUCAAAAUAUAUCAUUUCUAAGUGCA